AAUAGAGUGAUAGAGUGGCAGAAUAGAGUGAUAGAGUGGCAGAAUAGAGUUAUAGAGUGGCUGAAUAGAGUGAUAGAGUGGCUGAAUAGAGUGAUAGAGUGGCUGAAUAGAGUGACAGAAUAGAGUGAUAGAGUGGCUGAAUAGAGUGAUAGAGUGGCUGAAUAGAGUGAUAGAGUGGCUGAAUAGAGUGAUAGAGUGGCUGAAUAGAGUGAUAGAGUGGCAGAAUAGAGUGAUAGAGUGGCUGAAUAGAGUGAUAGAGUGGCUGAAUAGAGUGAUAGAGUGGCUGAAUAGAGUGAUAGAGUGGCUGAAUAGAGUGAUAGAGUGGCUGAAUAGAGUGGCAGAAUAG